CUAUCCCUUACUAUUCUCGUCUGAGAUGGUCUGAUAUCUUGCAUUGUUUAUUCCUCAGUCUCGGUGUCGCAUCUUCGACCUUUCAGAUACGCCUUAUCGAUAUUCUUGCAGCCCGACACGACUUCCAACAUCGACAUAUCCCUGUCUACCGCUUGCUGGCAAGCUCCGAGAGACAGGCACCAGCCACAGCUGUUGACGCCUCUGCACGCGCAAAGUCCACGAAUCGCUCCCCAUGCUCCUCCAUGGCUUCUCGCCGGCCCUACUACUCCUCGGACCGGCGUUGCUAGCGACAGCUUAUUACAAUGACACCUCCUCGGCACUGAUGCAGGACCCUUUCUACCAGCUCGCUCCCGAUGGUUGCCCGCCAUGUCCUCGAUGUUUCGAUUGCCAUUACGAUGAGUUCAAGUGUCUACAGUUUGCGAACUGCAGCAACGUCAAUGGCAAAUGUGUCUGUCCGCCUGGCUUUGGAGGAGACGAUUGCGCAGAGCCACUAUGUGGGUCGUUGGCGGAUGGCAAGAACAGAUCGCCACGGAAAGGAGAUAAAUGCGACUGCAAGGAGGGUUGGGAAGGUAUCAACUGUAAUGUCUGCGCCUCUGACAAUGCUUGCAAUGCUAUGAUGCCGUUGGGUGAAGGUGGCGUAUGCUACAAACAGGGUCUGGUCGUCCAUGAGAACUACCAGAUUUGCAAUGUCACCAACAAAGCGAUCUUGGAUCAGAUCGAUCCUAGGAUCCCCGAGGUUACCUUCUCUUGCAACGCCGAUCAGGCAACAUGCAACUUCCAAUUCUGGGUCGACCAAAAGGAGUCGUUCUACUGCGCUCUGGAUGAUUGUAGCUGGGAUGCGCACGACACCAAUGUUCGCAACACGACCAAAUAUACAUGCGAGACCAUCAAAUGUUCCUGCAUUCCGGACCGCUUUUUGUGCGGUGAAGAUGGCUCAGUCAAUAUCGAUGAAUUCCUAGAGCAAGAGAUCAAAGGACCGGCGUCAUUCUACUCGCAGCACACAUACGGUGGAAGUUCAAAAGAUGGAAGCAGGUUUGAGGAGCCGGCUAUGAACAAUUUGAUUUCCAUGAUCUUCGGCGACGAGUACAUCUCUUUGCAAUGCAGAGGUGGCGAGUGUCUGUACGAGACCGAAGUGCCAGGUUAUGCCCGACCCAUCAAGGAGAUCAACACGCCUCUCAUUGCAGGCAUCAUCGCUGGCUGUGCUCUUUUUGUCGUAGCCGUGACGCUGAUAUCCUGGUAUCUUUCUCGGAGAGCUGCAUACAAGAGAUGGGGCGCUAUCCGGCUGGGCGAAGACGCAGAUGACGAUGGCGCCAAGUCAAUGGUCAACCACACUCCGAUGCCAUUGCAAUUCGAGAAUGUAUCAUAUACUCUAAAGGGAAAGGAGAUUCUCUCUGGUAUAUCAGGCGUCGCACACCCAGGGCAAAUCACAGCCAUUAUGGGUGCUUCAGGAGCAGGCAAGUCGACAUUCUUGGACAUCCUUGCUCGCAAGAACAAACGAGGAAAUGUAUCCGGCAACAUGUAUGUCAAUGGCGAGAAAAUCCUCGAUGCCGAGUAUCGCAACGUUAUUGGUUAUGUCGACCAGGAAGAUACUCUUUUGCCCACUUUGACUGUACACGAGACGAUCCUCACAAGCGCUCUACUGAGACUACCAGCGGACAUGGGCAUUUCGGUCAAAGAGCAACGAGUAAUUGAGGUAAUGCAGCAGCUUGGGAUAUAUCACAUCAAGGACCAGAUCAUUGGCUCAGAAGAGGGCACUGGGAGAGGCAUCUCUGGUGGUGAGAAACGAAGAGUUGGCAUUGCCUGCGAGCUUGUUACCAGUCCAAGUAUCCUCUUCCUUGACGAGCCCACGAGUGGUCUUGACGCAUUCAACGCGUUCAAUGUCGUUGAAUGUCUAGUAACCCUGGCCAAGACGUACAACCGGACGGUCAUCUUCACGAUCCACCAGCCUCGAUCCAACAUUGUCGCUCUCUUUGACCAGCUGAUCCUACUUGCCAAGGGUAGGACAGUCUAUUCGGGGCCAUUCUCGAGCUGCCAGGCAUACUUUGAUCACAUCGGAUAUUCUUGCCCGCCUGGUUUCAACAUUGCAGACUACCUGGUCGACCUGACAAUGCACGCCAGUGUUCCACGGUCACCAAUCUUUGACGACGUACCGCAAGAGUUUCCCGAGCGCGAUGGCUUAGGUACCGAGUCAAGUAGCACACGAGCUGUCAAAUCUAUUGCAAGCAUCUCGAACAACAGCACCGAUGGUCCGUAUGAGCCCUCUCAACGCAUCAAGCCGAAGCGACGUAUCUCCUUGAAGCAGAAACAGGAUCGGCAACUAUUCACUCGUAAGAAAACGGGAAGCGACACUCCGCCAACACCUAAGACGGAUGAUGAGGACAACGUCAUUAGCAGAGCGACCGGCAGCAUGCGCAGUUGGCUGCCGUUGUCCAAACGAGAUGGACCCAAUCCACCACAAGUUCUCGAGGACCCUGACGACUUGCCGCCAGACGCCAACACCGACCUUGACAUUCUAGUGUCAAGUUUCAAGAGCUCUGACAUUGCUGAGACCAUCCAUGACGAGAUUGCUGCUUCGAUUCAUGCAGCAUCUUCAGCCAAUGGUCAUACUACAGAAGACGGUGUGGAUGAGCCCGUGACAGGCUCUAUCGAAGGCUUCCGACGCGUCAGCCUACCUCGACAAUUCCUCAUCCUCUCCAGACGUACUUGGCGCAACCUUUACCGCAACCCUAUCCUGAUGCUGACCCACUACGCCGUCGCGAUCUUGCUGGCAGUGUUAUCUGGAUGGCUCUUUUAUGGAGUCACCGACGAUAUUGGCGGGUUUCAGAACAGGCUGGGUCUUUUCUUCUUCCUACUUGCGCUUUUCGGCUUCAGCACGCUUACGAGCUUGAACGUGUUCAGCUCCGAGCGCCUGAUUUUUGUUCGCGAACGGGCGAACGGUUAUUAUGCACCCAUCACCUAUUUCGCCGCCAAGGUGAUUUUCGACAUCGUGCCUCUGAGACUGCUGCCACCUAUUAUUAUGGGUAUCAUCAUCUACCCCAUGUCUGGUCUUUUACCAAAAUGGGGCACUUUCUUCACAUUUAUUCUGAUAUUGGUCCUCUUCAAUCUGGCAGCGGCUGCAAUUUGUCUGACCGUCGGAAUUCUCUUCAAAGACCCAGCCGUGGCCAACCUGAUUGGUAGCUUGGUGAUGCUUUUCAGCUUGUUAUUUGCCGGUCUACUUCUCAAUCUCAAUCAUGAUUCUACCCAGAUGGCUGCUCAAUGGUUGCAGAAGUUGUCGAUUUUCCACUACGGUUAUGAAGCACUUAUAGUCAACGAGGUUGCCAAAUUACGUCUCAAGGAUCAUCGAUAUGGACUUGACAUUGAAGUACCUGGAGCCAGUAUUCUCAGUGCCUUUGGUUUUGAUAAUCUCGCCUUGUGGGGAGAUGUCAUAGGACUGGCAGUGUUUGCCGGUUUCUUCACUAUCAUCGCAUACGGCGCAAUGCACAUACUUCUCGUCGAAAAGAGAUAGCGGGUUCAUUAUCGGGUUAUAUUUGCGCAUUGCAUGGUCAGGAGUACAUAGAUGAAUAUGUUGUUGGUCUGUAGACACGAUGUAAUGCUAAUGACAAGAUGUUCAUGGGGUUGCC